UCAGCAGUUUGUUGCUAUACCCAAACUCAUACGGUUUCAACACGCAGAGCGGUGAGCAUGUGAACGAUUGUCUCUUUUUUGGCUCUUCCUUUUUUUUGGACAAAAUUUUCUAAAUUCAAAAUUGUAAAAAACAUAUAUAGUUAUGAUCAGUUUUCGGCAGUUCCUGUCGCGUUCGCUGAUGGCGCAGGAAAAAAAGACGACAGCAAUGAAGAUAACGCGCACGUAUGCCCUAGAUAAGAAGCUUGGCAUGCGUAAGCGGCGUCUUCAGCUGUUGAAGGAGAAUCCUCCUGAAGCUGAGCCCUGCUACAAGGCAUUGAUUCGCUCGGAGAACAGAUGCAACCAGCCGCGGCUCAAGCUCAUGAUCGAGGAAUGCCUGGACGACCCCUGUGGCAUGGAAGAGUUGCCCAUGGACCUGGACCACUACACGCCCAGCGACAAGAAGAAGCGCAAGUACCAGCGCACCUGGUGCGAGUGUUAUGUUCUGCCGAACAAGUUUGUCCAGAUGAAGAAAUGCUAUCCCAAUCGGCCGCGGCGCAAACUGGCUCGGAGUCGAACCAAGGUGGAUUGCGUUGAGGCCACGAAUGUUAAGGCCGCGGGCCGCAGAAAGCCCGAGAAGUUAGUCGAUAUCAAGCGAUCGGAGUGGCCCUGCUGCAAGAUCGUGGCGCCUGGCUGCAAACCUGCGCGGGCAGACCCGAGUUGUAAACAAAUAUUUCCGCCUUCCUGCUGCAAGAAGCGACGCACCCAGUACCCGAGCUUCUCGGAGUGCAAGCCAGUGGGCCUGCUCGAUCCCAUACCGCCGUGCGAGUGCGAAAAGACGGCCAAUUUGUGUGACGUGUGGGCCUACUGGCGGCGCUUUUACGAUAAGUAGACUUUAGGAGAUGUUUUAGAAUCCAUCCAAAUCAAGGACGAGAGCCAAGGAGACCGCGUAAGCGAUGCCAAUCAGAAGUGCACGAUCUUUGAGUCGAAUUGCACGGUUUGACUCGCUUGACGGAAAGAACAAAUUUUUAAUUUUUAUCUGACUCUGUAUGAAAUCGUAAUGGCUUCUUAAUACUAAUUUUCACUAGCUGGCGCUGGUCCGCUUAUUCCCUGCGGGGAACGCAUUGAA